UUUCAGGACAGACGAGCAAAUUUACCCCUAUCUUACACACGAACUUCACUAUCGUCUUACCCAGACAACGGAAAAGGCGGGAGGAAGCUGCAUCAACAAAGAUGAACCGCUAUACCACUCUGAAGCAGCUGGGGGAUGGCACCUAUGGCAGUGUGCUUAUGGGCAGAAACAAUGAGUCUGGCGAGCUUGUGGCCAUCAAAAGAAUGAAGAGGAAGUUCUACUCCUGGGAGGAGUGUAUGAACCUAAGAGAAGUAAAGUCGCUAAAGAAACUGAAUCAUGCCAACGUGGUGAAACUAAAAGAAGUAAUCAGAGAAAAUGACCAGUUGUACUUUAUUUUUGAGUACAUGAAAGAGAAUCUUUACCAGCUGAUGAAAAACAGAGAAAAUAAGAUAUUCACUGAAAAUGAAAUAAGGAACAUCAUGUUUCAAGUGCUCUCUGGUUUGGCAUUUGUGCACAAGCAUGGAUUUUUUCAUCGGGACAUAAAACCAGAGAAUCUGCUUUGUAUGGGUCCUGAACUGGUGAAAGUAGCAGACUUUGGUCUUGCCAGAGAGAUCCGUUCUCAGCCUCCCUAUACAGAUUAUGUCUCCACACGAUGGUAUCGAGCUCCAGAGGUGCUUUUGAGGUCAUCUGUUUAUAGCUCUCCUAUAGACAUGUGGGCAGUGGGCUGCAUUAUGGCAGAGCUCUAUACCUUACGCCCUCUAUUUCCUGGCAACAGCGAGGUCGAUGAGAUCUUCAAGAUCUGCCAGGUCCUUGGCACAGUGAAGAAGACAGACUGGCUGGAGGGUCAUCAGCUGGCUGCGGCAAUGAACUUCCGCUUUCCUCAGUGUGUUCCCACACCUCUGAAAACCCUCAUACCUAAUGCCAGCACAGAGGCUUUGAUACUAAUGAAGGAUUUACUACAUUGGGACCCAAAAAAGAGGCCGACUGCUGUGCAGGCACUCAGAUACCCCUACUUCCAAGUGGGCCAGGUGCUGGGACAACAGUGUCAAACUCCUGACCUUCGUAAGUCACAGGUGAAAGCAGCUCAUCCCAAUAUGACCAAAUCGGAGCUGAAAUCGGCCUCUGAGCCAGCCCUGCCCUCUCAGGCCAAGAUCCAAGGCAGGACUUAUCAUCAGCCCCUGCAAACGAUCUUCCCACCUCAAGCACCUGUUAAGGCAGAGCACCAAGCUGAGCCUCUAGCACUCCAUACACAAAAGAGGCCUGUGGGAAACGAGAAUAGCCUAAUAGGAAUGAAAAGUGGGCGGAGACGCUGGGGACAGACCAAACUCUCUGACAGCUGGGACGAGUCAGAUCCCUCAGACACAGCUGCAUCUAACUCAAAAAAAAACAGCAUGGGAGCAGAAGAGGACAGACCCAUCAAUGAGUUCAUGUCUGAGUCAAAAGACCAAAAGCCUAUUUACACUUUCAGCAACGUUACAAAGCUACCAAGUAGCAUCAAAAUGAACUCCAGUCUGCAAAGCACCCGCUCAGCCCGACAGCAUUACUUGCAGCAAUCAAGAUACCUGCCUGGUUUGAUUAGUAAAAGCUCCCCAUCAACUGUGGAAAAGGAGGCCCAAAGGGACCUGUGGGACAACUGGUCAAUACAUCAAAAGAAACCACUUGCUCCGAUCAGUGGAGCCCCAUUUACCCGAGUUACUGCAGAAGAAAGAGGUUGGAUCAGUUGGCCAAAGGAUACAGCUUGCACCAAGUGGAAACCAGCAAACACAUGCCGAUGGACGGAAAAAAAGACCUCAAGUCAAAGGUACAAGCUACUCAGUCCUGGGGAAGAACUCUGGCAGUAUUGUCCCUCAUGCUGCUCCUGUCCAACCUGUCCAUGGUCGAGUGGACUGGGCAGCAAAGUAUGGAAGUCAUCGGUAGCACAUCUUCAAAUCUUCACUGUCUCAAUUUUUUUGCUUACCUCAAUGCAAAGGUGGCAGACAUCUCCGUCUCAAAAUUGCUUUGUAGAAAGAUUUUCAACCUGGAUCAAAACUUUUCUUUUUUUUUUUUAACUGUCAAUGGACUAAAUUCCUUGAUUUAGUAUUGAGCUGUUCAUUCUAAACCAGAUCCUAGUUUUAUUACAUAACUACAAGGAGGUCAUGCUUGUGUAAAAUAUCUUGAAAUUAUAUUAAUACUUUAUUUAUUUUCUUGAUUAAUGCAGAACACACAAAAUUACUAUUUGUUGAGGAAGUCAGUUUGGGGCAUUUUAAUGACUGGUAUACAGUUAAACUGAAAAGCCUUUCUAGUCCAGCAAUACUUCAGCUAUUGAUAUCUUUGAAUAGGAUUACCAAGGCUUUUGAAAAUGGUGAAAUGCUAUGCCAUUGAAUAAUAAUAACAACCAACACAGACACAGCUGAAAAUCUGCUAUUAUCCAAUAACAACCUGC